CUUGUUCGCCCCAACACCAAGACCAUGAAGUUCACAUCGACAGUCCUUCUUGCCCUCGCGGCUUCGGCUAUCGCCAUUACGUCGGGGUCGUCCUCCAGCGCCAACACCACCACUGAACCGACGACGUCGGGCUCGUCAUCGCUCGCGAGCACCAUCGAGUCGUCGACGACAGAGCCGACGUCCUUGUCGUCCAACAGCAGCUCGGCCGUGGCAACCACGCAGCCGACCGCGACGUCGGAUGCAAUCGCACUCGCCACCAUGACGCUUCCCGCUGUCGUUGCCUGGGCGCUUCUCUAAAGCAAUACUAGUAUAAGAAAUUGGCAUGGAGCCGUGCAUAAUAUUGAUCGAGUUUCUUGUCAUAUCCACCUUCGAUCGAUCUUCAAUUACUCUAAUCAGU